AAAGUCGGGGCGAGCACAGCUCCCGGGGCGCGGGGAGACCCGACUCCAAUCUGGGCCGAGACUUUGGCUGCUUUGCUUUUUCAGCACCUAGGCACCUCCGGGCGCGGAGCUCUAGGAGGGAGGAAAGCACGCGGGACCCCUCUUGACAGAUGAGGGGUGUCGGUGGAGAAGAGCCCUGCAGAACUGCGGCGGCGCCCCUCCUUCCCCCUCCGUCCCCCUCGCUGGAGGGGCUAAGCUUGAGGCUCGCACUUUCCAGCUUCUGAGAGCGGGGCUGGAGGACCAUUUCCCUGGGACUGCCUUGAGAUGUUCGUCUUCAUUUGCCCUUUGAGUCCAUUUUGAAACUCAGUGCCUUCCCAAAAGAAUCGGUCAGCUGCUCCACUCAUUCUGGCAGUGCUCCAGGGAUUUCGAGUGACCUGGGCCGGGUGGGAACCAGUGGAUGACAGCCCAGGAUCAGGAGGCCAGUACUAACCACCCAGCCGACAGGAUGGAUUGGGGCGCACUACAUACUAUCCUGGGGGGUGUCAACAAAUACUCCACCAGUAUUGGAAAAAUCUGGCUCACAGUCCUUUUCAUUUUUCGCAUCAUGAUCCUCGUGGUAGCCGCCAAGGAGGUGUGGGGAGAUGAGCAAGCUGAUUUUAUCUGCAACACCCUCCAGCCUGGCUGCAAAAAUGUUUGCUAUGACCACUACUUCCCCAUCUCUCACAUCCGUCUGUGGGCCCUGCAGCUGAUCUUUGUGUCCACGCCAGCACUCCUGGUGGCCAUGCAUGUCGCCUACCGGAGACACGAGAAGAAAAGGAAGUUCAUCAAGGGAGAGAUGAAGAGUGAAUUUAAGGACAUUGAAGAGAUCAAAAGUGAGAAGGUCCGUAUAGAAGGGUCCCUGUGGUGGACCUACACCAGCAGUGUCUUCUUCCGGGUCAUCUUUGAAGGUGCCUUCAUGUACGUCUUUUACAUCAUGUACAACGGCUUCUUCAUGCAGCGCCUGGUGAAAUGUAAUGCUUGGCCUUGUCCCAAUACGGUGGACUGCUUUAUUUCCAGGCCCACAGAAAAGACUGUCUUUACUGUGUUCAUGAUUACGGUGUCCGGCAUUUGCAUCCUGCUAAACGUCACAGAAUUGUGUUAUUUGUUCAUUAGAUAUUGUUCCAGAAAGUCCAAAAAACCAGUUUAGCAUUGCCCAGCUGUAGAUAAAAGAUGGCAUAAAAGGAUGAAGCAACCUGUGCUUAGCUGUCAAGGCUCAGUCACCGGCGUUUGUCAAGGCAAAGAUUCCCGUCUUAAAUGAAUCCCCUUGGGCCACCCAUGAAACUCCAGUACCUGCAAUGGGGUUCCAUGCUCCCAGAGCCCCCCAGAGAAGGGCUAAGCCUGUGACUGUCUUAAUCUUUACUAGAGUCAGUCCCAGUGAGGCCCUGUGCUGGUGAGGGUUACUGGUGUAAGACACUUUCAUAUUCUCUUUCUCUGAGGACAGGAGAUAAAGGCCAGGUCCUCUGGGGAAUAUUGAGAAAGCCCAAAUGCCUCCUUAGGGCUCCCUCUGCAGGUUCCCCCCAGUUAAAGGCAAACACAGAGAACCAUGGUUCUUUUCUUUGCUUUAGAAGUCAUAAUCUGUAACAAUGGACAAAAUUCCCUAAUGCUUCAAUCGCUGCUAUACUUUUUUUUCAGUGAAAACAUUAAGACAGGUUCUUUUGAUCUGAAGAUGUUCUGAAAACCAUUGUGCACUCCUCCUAUUUCAGAGUCUCAGAUGGUGAUGCGUAAAUGGUAUGAGAUUAGAUCGUCUAAUUUAAAACAUUGUCUUUUGGUUAUGAGUGAUUUGCAGUGUGGCUGUGUUAAUAACCAUUAUGUAUUGCACCAACAUCACAGCCUCUCUUGAAUGAGACAAAAUAGAAGUUUCUCGUGACAGCUUAGGAGAGCAAAUGCCCUGAUUUCAAAACAGUAAGUGUAGUUUUACAACAGAAAUAACAGACUGGAUUUACCACCAACUGCACCCUGCAAUGAGGUGACUCCACACCACCAUCCGGUUCCUUUCCAGUGUUUGCCCUCUCCAUUUGCUAUGGUACAUGGUACCCAGCAUCAGAAGGAAUACAACUAAAAGAGGUUGUUGGGAAUUUACUGCCAUAGUACAGUUUAAUUGUGCAGAACAAAAUGGAAUGGAGGUGGGAGGAUUUACUAUUUUCAAAGAAGGUGGAAAGAUCACACUCUAAAUUUUGUUGAUUAAACAUGAGUUUUUUCUACUUUGAAA